AUGGCACCCGCUGAGCCCCAAGCACCGCCUUUUAAGCAAAAGGGAGCAGCGCCGCAUUUCGCGGAGGAGCGCAAAGGAUGGAAAGGAUAUAUCGAGUGGGAGAAGUAUCCCAAGAAGAGGAAGGAAGCCGCCGACAUACUAGAACAAUAUGACUUCCCGGUUCCACCUGAGUUUCAACUGGCACCAUUACCCGACUCCAAUCCUUUACUCACUGGCGAGCGUUUCAAGCAGUAUCACUAUGCUCUUGGAGAUACGCUGAAGGAUAUCCCAGAUAUCAGCUGGAAGUAUGUGCUCGAGGAAAAGUCACCAGACAUGAUCCAUGUCCUUCAGUUCCCGUACAAUGGAGAGCCGCCAAGAGAUAGGCUCGUGGAGAAUGAGAUCACUACCAACCAAGACCACUUCGUGAGGAACCACGGCGGAAUUCCAGAAAUCGACCCAUCGGAAUAUACGCUAGACAUAUCAGGACUGGUCAAGAAUCCGAAACGCUUAACACUGGCGGACUUGCAGAACGAGUCGCUGUUCCCACGCCAGUCGAACAUCGCGACGCUACAGUGCUCGGGGACGCGGCGCAUCGAGCAGAUCCGAAAAUACCCAGGGGAUGGCGACGAGCUGAUCAACGCACCCUGGGCCGAAGGAGCGAUCGGAACUGCGCGGUGGACCGGGGUGAGUCUGAAGAAGGUAAUCAAGCACUGCGGGGGCCUCAAAGAAGGGGCAGACAACCUCGAGUUCUUCGGCGCCGACACGUACGUCAAGAAGGGCCAGGUGUACAACUACGUCGUCAGCGUGCCGUGGCGCAAGGUCAAGGCCAACGAGGUCCUGCUGGCGUGGGAGAUGAACGGCGAGCCGCUGCCCAAGAUCCACGGGUUCCCGCUGCGGACCGUCGUCUUCGGCUACAUCGGCGCCCGCAGCUGCAAGUGGCUAUACGAAGUGCGCGCCAUCUCGGGCCCCAGCCAGGCUCCCGUGCAGAAGAAGGAGUACCUGUACUACACGCCGCAGGUCGGCAAGCAGAACGCCAUGUACAGCAAUGGUUUCUCGAUCCAGGACAUGCCCGUCUCGUCCGCCAUCAUGUCGCCCGUCGACAAGGCCCAGAUUGUCCACGACGGCCACAUCAAGCUGCGCGGCUGGGCGUAUAGCGGAGGCGGCCACUGGCCGGUACGGGUCGAAGUAUCCAGUGAUGGUGGCUCAGUCUGGUACGAGGUGCCGGACAUGACCACCAAGUACUUCCAUGCGUGGAGGCUCUGGGAGAUCGACUUGCCUGUCGACGCGGAGGGAUGGUUAGAAUUUUGCGUGAGAACUUGGGACAACGCACUGAACACACAGCCGACAUUUGUGAGAUCUGCAUGGAAUUGGGAUCUUCACGUAACUUCGUCUUGCCAUCGCAUCAGCAUAUAUAGCAUGAACCGAUCCAGACCGUUGACUGCGCGGCGCUUGGAGCUUCUAGAGAAGAAAGGUAUGGCCAUUACGCCAAUCACCCGUCCCUUGGAAAUAGAUCUCGAGUCGGACGAGGAAUAUGCGGCGAAUAUGGAAAUACAGGAUGGUCGGGAUCCGAAGGAAUGA